AUGGACCUCUUCUCCUACAUAAAGAGCAUUUACGAUCUGGAUACGAUCGAUACUCGCUUCACCAGCUCAUCCUCGACCCCCUACAAGACUGUAAUAGAGUCCCGUUCCCAUCCCGACUAUAAGGUGAAGCGCGACCAUUCUGUGCCUGGAAUCGGGGUCAGGACCGAUCAUAGUGGCAGACCAAUCGCCCAACCCUCGAAAUGGAAUACCCCUGAAUUCUACUUCUAUUACUUUGUGUUUAUAACCAUUGUUCCAUGCAUGUUCUGGGUGGCAUACGAUGUAUCGCGACCGUCCCACCCAAAUUACCACAAGUUCGAGGAAUUGCUGAGUGAAGGCUGGGUACCAGGGCGAAAGAUUGAUGUGUCUGAUGAUCAAUACCACUCGUUCCGUACGAAUGUACCAUAUCUCGCUGUCCUCCUCGUCUGUCAUCCACUGCUUCGAAAACUUUACAAUGCAUUCUACCCGGUGCCCACUCCACAUGGCUCCCCAAAGCCCAAUGGAGUCUCGACAUACAUUUCUGUUGCAGCUGGAGAGGCUCGGAAGGAGCAGAGGGCUUCCUUCGACUUUGGAUUUGCAUUGAUAUUUUUGGCUGCUUUGCAUGGAUUCUCCGCGCCGAAGGUCCUGGCGAUUCUAUCGGCCAAUUAUGCCCUGGCCACCAAUUUGCCCCGGACCUACGUCCCCUACGCCACAUGGAUCUUCAAUGUUGGGAUCCUCUUUGCGAACGAACUGUGCGCCGGGUACAAGUUCUCGGCAUUUGCUGCAUGGCUCUCUUCUGUAGAGGGUGAACAAGCAGCAGGUGCCGUACACGCUUGGGGCCAGUGGCUUGACGAUUACGGUGGUGUCAUCCCAAGAUGGGAAAUCUUGUUCAAUUUGACAGUUCUGCGAUUGAUCAGUUUCAACAUGGAUUACUAUUGGAGCCAGGAGAGAAGAAGUUUGAGCCCUAAUGAAAAGAAACAACUUGACCCUGCCAACCUCUCCGAAAGAGACCGUAUUUCUAUACCCGCAUCAGAGAGAGACUUCUCAUUCCGCAAUUACAUCGCCUACGCCAUCUACGCCCCCCUCUAUCUCACCGGUCCCAUCAUAACGUUCAACGACUUUGUCUCACAACUGAAGUACCCCCCGGCCAGCAUCGAAUUGCCCCGUACCAUAAAAUACGGCAUCCGCUUCCUUCUCUGUCUCCUCGCCAUGGAGCUUCUCCUUCAUUUCGACUAUUGCGUCGCCAUCUCAAAAGGAGACCCCGUCUGGUCAGACUACACACCCGCCCAGCUCUCCCUCCUCUCCUACUUCAACCUGCACGUCCUCUGGCUCAAGCUCCUCCUUCCCUGGCGCUUCUUUCGCCUCUGGUCCCUGGUAGAUGGCAUUGACCCGCCAGAAAACAUGCUCCGGUGCCUCUCGGACAACCCGUCAACCGUCGCAUUUUGGCGCGGCUGGCAUCGCUCCUACAACCGCUGGCUGGUGCGCUACAUCUAUCUCCCUAUGGGUGGUGUCUCCGGCCGCACGUGGAAAACAACAAUCAUGUCCAUCGUCAACUAUGCAUUUGUCUUUACUUUUGUCGCUCUAUGGCACGACAUCAGCUUGAACCUGCUGGUUUGGGGAUGGCUGGUGGUAUUAUUCAUGAUGCCAGAGGUGAUUUUAGGCAUGAUUUUUCCGAGGAGGAGGUGGGAGAAUAAUUUGACGGCAUAUAGGGUACUCUGUGGGUUCGGGGUUGUGGGAAACUUGAUGAUGAUGAUGAUGGCUAAUCUGGUCGGGUUCGCGGUGGGUGUUGAUGGGCUAAAGAGUAUCAUUGCAGGCAUUUUUAGGGAUUUUUCUGGUAUCGCCUUCUUGGCCACAGCCACCUGUGUGCUGUUCGUAGGUAUCCAGGUCAUGUUUGAAGUGAGAGAGAGCGAAAUGCGGAAAGGCAUCUUUUUGAAGUGCUAA